UAUAGCACCUCACCAGAUUCACGUCCUUCUGACCUCGUCGCCCGAUUUACUGCUCCUGUGAUGUAUCUGGUUGAAAGUGCCAUCUUCGCAAGGUAGCUCGGCGAUACUUAGUUCUCAAGGCGGCGAGCUCUGCGUGCUCGCGGGCUAUGACCACCCGACGUGUACUGGCGGCAGCAACGUCCAGCGGUCAAAGCUCCAGGCUUUCAGGGGUCGAUGGCACGGAGCCUCCUAUGCGGCUCAAGAGGCGGCUACUCGGAGCACGUUGCGAUCUUUGCGACACCGUAGCAAGUCAACCCCAAUGCUUUGAGGAUGCCUCGGCUCCCCACCCUCCAGGACGUCAGAUCGAGGUUCGUUCGACAGCCCAACGCUCACAUAACAAGCUGCUUUUCGAUGGGAUCAGAACUCCUCACCAAGUCGCCGGAGCUUCAGCAUUCCCACUGCCGGACUUUUUGUUGCCAGCAUUCUCGGCCCGACGCACGCCCACUCGAUGCUUCCGCGCCUCGGCUCCGCUGCUCUAUGAGAGACGAGAGCCUACGACAAGUUCGGCACAAAAGAGUACGCAGCGGAGGCGAGGCGUGAAUGAGACACUUGCAGAUGCUCAUCAGUAUCUGCUGACUGCUGACGGCCGCGCCGUGAGCUUCGAGAAGGUCGAAGUGGAGGCGAGGCGACUUACGAAAGAGGCAACCUACAGCUCGUAUCCGGUCACAGUGUUUUCGCCGGAGCAGAAACUCUUCGAGCUACUGCUGUGGCUGCUGCAUCAAUCAUUGCCUCUCAAAAGCUCAGAAAGCUCGCGGCUAGAAGUCUCAGUAGCGCAAGCGCUCAUGCCGCUGCCGUCGUGGGCAAGAUUGCGAAGAUCUCGGAGGGCCAAAGCGACAAAAGCGAGGGUCACAAAAAGUGCGUCGUCGGAAGGGGCGACAUAUCUCGGACGGUUCAAGGGGGACCGAACAGUCGGGGUUCGAGAUCCGCUGCGGCCCAGCUUGGUGCAUACAAAGUAUGAUGAGCUAUUAGCCAUGCUACUCAGUGAGGUCCACCUUUUUCGACGCCCGCCGAGCACGUCUGAGGUCGCAAAGGGAAAGCAGAAGGCGCCAGAUGAGACCGAAAAGCCCGUAACCCAGUUCUUUGAAGCCAACGUGCAUUCCAUUCGGCGGUUCGCGCGUCUAGUGGAGUCAGCCAAGAUCCGCGGAGCUCACAAAGUCCUCGUAGUCUUGUCUCGGCAGCUUCAAGACUGGAUCAGUCUGCCCUCAGAGCUGCUUCUCGACACCAAUUCUGCCAGCAGUCUCGAUGAGCUGGCAGCAAGGGCUCGCAGGCUCCUCACUCAGGUCGAGCUGGUGUUUGCCGCGCUGCUGCGAUAUCUGGGAUCCGACCACUUUCACCGCUGGCGGAUCGCGCUUCUUCGUCAGCUAGACCGUCUCACAGACCGCCUUGUGCAGACCGCUGGUAAUGAAGAGCUGCGAAAAUUGACGCAUACAAGCGAAUACUUUCGUGCGCACUUGCAAGUUUGCUGCCGGUCAAGACGAUCUUCGUGGCAUGACAGCCUUCCGGGAGGUCUGCGGCGACGAGCAGCGACUUCUGCGCAAGCCGCGCACGCUCAUGACGUCCGGCAAGCAGCAAAGCCACGAGAUAACUCGCAGACCUUGCAAGGUCUGCUCGAAUCACGCUCCAAGCGAGUAUAUCGAACAUUGCAACGCUUGUCAGAGCUUUCGUCUCGGCGUCGAGAAGCAGGCUUGCCACCGGAUCCAGUAUUUUUUCAACGUCUGGUUUCUGCAGCGGCCCGACUAGUCUGGAACGUGGAGGACUCUUCUACAAGUGUGAGGCUCGGAGUCGCGACGUUCUCAACAUUGCGGCCCAUCCGGCGUCUGGCUUCGAGACUUUCGCACGGCGAGUGGCAGCAUUUCGCAGCUGCUGCCAUUACUUGCAGCGCAUCGGCAUCAACACAAGUGAGAUCGCUAUGUGCGCUCAUCGAUUUCGAGCUUCAAAUGCACGAAUCGCUCGUGUCCGACGCUCGGCGAUCUCGGAGAGCAAGACAGUCUCGGCCGGAGCCAGACCUGAGGCGCCUGCACUCUCUCGUGAAGACGCUGGGAGAAUGGCUGAGUCCGCUGCGCGAGCUGAAAGGAUCUCUUCCGGAUCUCUCGUCCGCCACUCCAGAUGAUCAGCUGGCUGUCGCCAGGUCGACACGCGCACUGGCAAGAGCCUGGCGCCUCUUGGUCCGCAUCCACCUGAGCCGAGAUCGGGCGAGGCGAGCUAUUGUCACCUCCCGCAAGCUUAUCGGGCUUAAUGUCUCUGCUAUCUCCGACUUCACGCAUGGCAGUGACCUCGUAGAGAUUCGAAAAGCCCAGAGAAGUGCCAUCAUCGCCAUGCUCAGUCAAGUCUUGCGAUUUGAAUCUCGUGCCCAACGCCUCUCCUAUGGUGUCCAAGUGCUUCGCGUCGCGCAGGAAGGCAUCAGAAACGGAGUCUGGGAUGUGACGUCUUUCGAGGCGUCCUCAGCUGUCAAGCGGGGGGUGUCCGGGCUAGGCGACGCAAGGGAAAACGAUCCUCGCAGCAAUUUUCUCAGGAUAUGGGCCCGUGUCCUAGGUGCUCUGGCUGUCGAGGAGGAGAGCGCCGUGCCUCGUGGACUCGAAGACGUUCUUCUCCAAUCCAUCAGAUCUCUGGAAGGGCGAGAAAUCACCCUACUUCUGUCCAGCGGAAGCGACCCGAAGCAGGGGGACGCAGUGGAUGGUCCUUGGGCUCGUCGCGUGCGCGCCUGGCGCACGAAAAUGCGUCAAAUCGUCUUUCGAGACGUGGGACGUCUCGAGCGCUUGCUCGCUUCCUCUCUGCAGUCUAGCAACGUCAGCUUAACGCCAGGACUUGUGGACGUGCGCGUCGAGUCCGGCACCGUGCCCAUGCCGACGGACGACAGCAGCGCUGUCAGCGAUCGUCUCCGGCGAGUCAUGCAGACACUUCGCCUCUUGCAUCCCCGUGCAAAAGACAUUGCUCUACUCGAAUCAGCAUUGCAAGGCCUCCUGCUGCGAUCUUGCGAGAAUGUAGACUCUCUACAGCGUGCCUUCAAGGAUGAGCUACAGCGCUGGCAUUCCACAUCUGGAUCACCUGAGGCAUCGUCCGGUCACUUUACACCCACAGAGCCCGCGGUUGAGGGUCAUCGUGCCUCUGUGAGCGCACAAAACCGUAAAGUCUCAGGUGGCAUCGAGCAACGGCCCAUUGCAAACGCAUUGGCGUCAGACGCAGUCGCGGUCAGACAAGAAGAGUCUUCUAGGGCAACAGGCAUGACUGCCUGGCCGAGCGAGGACGGUUGUGGCCAGCGUCACAGUGCCUUGAAGCAUCUGGAGCCAAAGUUGGAUGAAGAUGUCCACAAGGCUGAUCGAUCUGGUCGUCAUCGAAGGCUAUCGCAUCGCAGAUCGCCCUUUUCGGUCGACGCUGCUUUGUCGCCGUGGAAAAGGUCCUUGCUGGACGGUGGUGGCUCUCCAGUCGCGUCUCCUAGGCUACACAGCUUGAACACUGUGUCCAGUCUUGUCGACGCACCCUGGAAAGAUCACGGUGGCAAAGGAGGGAGAGGGCAAUGAUACUUUGAACUGUACGUUGGUGCUUUAGAAAAUAUGACAAGAAAUGCGCAGAAGAC